GCUAUGUCCGCGGGAAAUUAAUGCUCUCCAUCUCUCUCCCUCAACUGUAAAACGAGCAGUAGACGCCUUCUCUGCUGAACACUCUUAUUUAUACUAAGCUGGAACCUCCCGUUGAGCUGCAUGCAUUGUGUCUGAGGUCAGUGAAGACCAACCCGCAAUAGCACAUUUAUACUCCUCAUUCACUGACUGAUCUCGACCUUUCAUCACUUGUUACCCGAGAGAUCAUAGCUUUUGUGAUGGAGGGCGAGAUGAGCAGCAGAGGGUGGGUUUUGGGCUUGGUGAGUGUGCUGCUGCUGGUGACGUUGAACGGCGAUGGAGCGAGCGCAGACCCGCAAGUGCCAUGCUACUUCAUAUUCGGGGACUCGUUGGUGGACAACGGGAACAACAACGGGCUCAACUCCUUGGCCAGAUCCAACUACCUGCCAUACGGCAUCGACUUCGCCGCUGGUCCCACCGGGAGGUUCUCUAACGGCAAGACCACGGUGGAUGUCAUCGCUGAGCUUCUGGGGUUUGACGAUUAUAUUCCUCCAUAUACGGUCGCGAGUGGUGAUGCGAUUCUUAAAGGAGUGAACUAUGCAUCUGCUGCUGCUGGGAUCAGGGCGGAAACCGGGCAGCAACUGGGGGCGAGAAUAGCCUUCGAAGGACAGCUGCAAAACUACCAGAGCACAGUGUCGCAACUGGUGAACAUAUUGGGCAACGAGGACACGGCGGCGAAUUACCUGAGCAAGUGCAUAUACUCGGUCGGCAUGGGAAGCAACGACUACCUCAACAACUACUUCAUGCCUCAGUACUACUCCUCGAGCAACCAGUUCACGCCCGACCAGUACGCGGACGAGCUCAUUCAGGAGUACUCACAGCAGCUGAGGACACUGUACAACUACGGAGCGAGGAAGGCGGUGCUGAUUGGGGUGGGUCAGAUAGGUUGUAGCCCUAACGCGUUGGCCCAGAGCAGUGCGGAUGGCACCACAUGCGUGGAUAGGAUCAACGUCGCAUGUCAAAUAUACAACAACAAGCUCAAGUCGCUCGUCGAUCAGCUCAACACCAAUCUCUCCGAUGCUAGAUUUAUUUACGUUGACGCUUACGGAAUAUUCCAAGAUCUCAUGACCAGACCAGCAAGUUUCGGUUUUAGCGUCACGAAUGCUGGGUGUUGCGGUGUCGGUAGGAACAACGGCCAAAUCACGUGCCUUCCCUUCCAGACACCUUGCCAAAACCGAAACGAGUAUCUGUUCUGGGACGCGUACCACCCGUCGGAGGCCGCCAACAUAAUUGUCGGGAGGAGAUCGUACAGUGCCGAGGCCCCGACCGACGCUUACCCCAUCGACAUCCGCCGCCUCGCCCAGCUCUGAAGAUAGAGAGGCGGCGGCGGCGGAAGUGGCUGGGGGAGUCACAGCGACCUGAUAAGGAUCUCCCUGUUGUUUGUUCCCAAUUUUCACUGUACCAUGAUCGUGUUGUUUCCAUUGUAAGCAUUAAGUUUGCUCAUAAGUUGGUGUGCUUUGCUUGCUUGUGUUUGUGUCCAACUCAAUUAGAGUGUACCCUUAGGAAAGUAAAUGCAAGUGCACAUCUAGAUACAUUUGUAGUCCUUGGAUAAAUUUGGAUCUUGCAUAUGUGAAUGCAACAAUUUGGCAUAAAACUCAAGGUGAUCUUAUCAGUUUGAAUUUGAACCAUCCAACCAAUAAAUUUUGCCUUU